AUUCCCCGUUCCUCGCUGGCCGCUACUACUCAUCCCUCGCUCUUGCGGAGGCGAGGCAGAGGCUUGCUCCUACCUCCAAUAAUUCCCUUCCGCCUCUCCUCCCGUCCUCUCGCAAGCCCACACCACACCUGCAGAAAUCACAGCGGCAGGUGCAGCAAAAAUCUCCAUGCCCCCGCUCGGCUAGAUCUCCGACGAGCCGGCCCCGCGCGGUAGCAGAUUCGCUCCCCUAUCCCGACCGAUGGGCGGUGAGGUGCCGGAGCCGCGCCGGCUGAGCCGCGCGCUCAGCUUCGGCUGCGGCGGCGUCCCCGAGGAGGCGCUGCACCUCGUGUUCGGCUACAUGGACGACCCGCGAGACCGGGAGGCGGCCUCGCUCGUGUGCCGCCUCUGGCACCGCAUCGACGCGCUCUCGCGCAAGCACGUCACCGUGGGCUUCUGCUACGCCGUGGAGCCCGCGCGGCUGCUCGCCAGGUUCCCGCGGCUCGAGUCGCUCGCGCUCAAGGGGAGGCCCCGCGCCGCCAUGUACGGGCUCAUCCCCGAAGACUUUGGCGCCUACGCGGCGCCCUGGGUCGCCGAGCUCGCCGCGCCCCUUGACUGCCUCAAGGCGCUCCACCUGCGCCGCAUGACCGUCACCGACGAGGACAUCGCCGUGCUCGUCCGCGCGCGCGGCCACAUGCUACAGGUGCUCAAGCUCGACAAGUGCUCCGGCUUCUCAACAGACGCCCUCUGCCUCGUCGCGCGCUCCUGCAGGUCUCUGAGAACCUUGUUCCUGGAAGAAUGUAUAAUUGAGGAUGAAGGGAGUGAAUGGCUCCAUGAACUCGCUGUCAACAAUUCUGUUCUGGUGACACUGAACUUUUACAUGACAGAACUCAAAGUGGAGCCUGCUGAUCUGGAGCUUCUUGCAAAGAACUGUAAAUCAUUGAUUUCUUUGAAGAUGGGUGACUGUGAUCUUUCAGAUCUGAUUGGGUUUUUCCAAACCUCCAAAGCAUUGCAAGAAUUCGCCGGUGGUGCCUUUUUUGAAGUUGGAGAGUACACCAAGUACGAAAAGGUCAUUUUCCCACCUAGGCUAUGCUUCUUAGGGGGUCUUACCUUCAUGGGUAAAAACGAGAUGCCAGUUAUCUUUCCGUAUUCCACAAUGCUUAAGAAACUGGACUUGCAGUUCACUUUCCUCACCACUGAAGACCACUGUCAGCUUAUUGCUAAAUGCCCCAACCUAAGUGUUCUCGAGGUGAGGAAUGUGAUUGGGGAUAGAGGACUAGAAGUUGUUGCUGCUACAUGCAAGAAGCUACGAAGGCUCAGAAUUGAGCGUGGCGACGAUGAUCCUGGCCAAGAAGAGCAGGGAGGAGUCUCUCAGAUAGGUUUGACAGCCGUAGCCGUUGGCUGCCGCGAACUAGAGUACAUAGCUGCCUAUGUAUCUGAUAUCACAAAUGGGGCGCUGGAAUCCAUUGGCACUUUCUGCAAGAAUCUCUAUGAUUUCCGGCUUGUUCUACUUGACAAACAGAAGAAGAUAACAGACCUGCCACUUGACAACGGCGUCCGUGCCCUACUGAGGAACUGCGUCAAACUUCGGAGGUUUGCCUUCUACCUGAGACCGGGAGGGCUUUCAGACGUAGGCCUCGGUUACAUUGGACUAUACAGUGGGAACAUCCAAUACAUGCUGCUCGGCAACGUUGGUGAAUCUGACAACGGAUUGAUCCAGUUUGCAACGGGAUGCACCAACCUGCGGAAGCUCGAGCUGAGGGGCUGCUGCUUCAGCGAGCGAGCUCUGGCAGUGGCCGUGCUCCAGAUGCCCUCGCUGAGGUACAUAUGGGUGCAGGGGUACAGAGCCUCUCGAACGGGCCAGGACCUCAUGCUCAUGGCCAGGCCGUACUGGAACAUUGAAUUCGCGCCUCCCAUUCCCGAGAGCGCUUAUCGGGUGAUGGCAGAUGGACAGCCUUGUGUUGACACCCAUGCCCAGGUCCUUGCGUAUUACUCCCUUGCUGGAAGGAGGCCGGACUGCCCUCAGUGGCUGGUGACUUUGCACCCUGCGUCACUGUAAAUACGUCAAGCUGUCCCGAGUGUGGUUUUUGUACCAGCUGCUUGUGUACCGUAAUAAACUCUAGUACUGUAGUGGUGGAGGCGUAGUGCAAUAAAGUUGCAGUUGUUGCUUGUACUAGUGAAUCUAAUCCUAGGAGGUUGUUGCCCUGUGCUUUCUUUUCCCCGGAAUUGUAUCUUUGCUCCACUGUAAAUAUCAGAAAUGGCCUGUGCUAGAUGAGUUGAAUAAUGGAUCUCGGAGGUGCACUGCAUGAAA